CAGACUCUCAGCCUAAACUGGCAGGAAAUGGAAGGAGAGAAAUCAAUACAUGAUAAUAAAAAAAAGAAUUAUAAGAGUUUAUUUUUUAAGUAUUACACACUCCUGUACAGUUGGUGGCGGUAUACUAUAACAAUAGUAAUCUGCCAAAAAAAAAAAACAAGAAGAAAAAGAAGACUCUCAGCCUUCUUUCUGUAUCGACUCUAAAGCACAUCUGCUCUCUACAAUCCAAACAUGGGAAGCCCAUUCAGCCUACUCAUCCUAUUCAGCCUAUUCAUCAAAUAUGGUCAGCAGCAGACCUGCUCUUCUCUCCAUAACCCGACUACGGACUGCAAAUAUGACAAAAAUGAACUGACCAGAUACAAUAAUGAGGAGAUCAGGAUUGUGUUGGUGGGGAAGACCGGAGUUGGGAAGAGCGCCACAGGAAACACCAUUCUGGGAAAACACAACUUUAAAUCAGAGUUCUCCCCUAAAUCUUUGACUGAACACUGUGCUAAGGCCUCUGGUGAAGUGGAUGGACAAAGGAUUGCUGUUAUUGACACUCCGGGUCUGUUCGACACAAGGAUUGAUUAUAAUAAAACCAGUAAAGAUAUUGCCCAAAGCAUUUCUUAUGCUUCUCCUGGACCUCACAUCUUCCUGGUCAUUAUCAAACUGGGCAGAUUCACAGAGGAAGAAAAGAAGACGGUGCAGAAGAUUCAGGAAAUCUUUGGAGAGGAAGCAGACAAAUACAGCAUGGUUCUCUUUACCCAUGGUGACCUGCUCAAAGGGAAAACUAUUGAGGAGUUCUUGAAGGACAGCGAAGAGCUGCAGGAACUUGUAGACAAAUGUAACAGCCAGUACCACGUCUUUAAUAAUGAGAUGAAUGAUCAUUGUCAGGUCAGGGAGCUGCUCAACAAGAUCAGAUAUAUAACAAGGAAGAAUGGAGGAAGUCAUUACACCACUGAAAUGUUCCAGGAGGCAGAGAGGGCGAUAGAAAAGGAGAAACAACGAAUCCUUAAAGAGAAAGAAGAGCAAAUGCGCAAAAAGGAAGAAGAAAUGAAGAGGAAACUAGAGGAAAAGUACGAGCAACAAAUAAAGGAAGCAGAGGCUGACAGAGAGAGGAUGAAAAAGUUAGUUGCAGAUCGUGAGAGAGAACUAGAGGAGGAGAGGAAAAAUUAUAGAGAAGAGCAGGAAAAUCGGGCCAGACGGGAAGCUGAGAACAGUAAUCCAAUAAUUAAACUGAUAAAACGUUUUUUCAAUUUUUUGUUUAAUAAAUACAUUCCAUUUAAUGUGAUACAUAACUAGGUAGAAACAUAAAAAGAAAACAGAUUUUUAAACAAAAACUUCUUUCAUUCAUUUGAUUUCAUUUUAUGUAACUGAAACAAUAACUGUAAAUGGAUGCCACCAAGCUGCACUCCUGUGAGGACACAAACUUUGUACAAUAGCCUCCUCCACUGGUCAGGAAGAACUGUAAAGUCUGAAUGAUACAGCUGGAGAGAAAUUAAUUAAAGGACAGAAUAUGUCCAAAAACUAAAAUAAGGAGGCUUUUGAAAUUACUUUAAAAUCUAUUCCAAAAUUUAUGAAGUCAUCGCUAAUUUAAACUCUCAAUAACACAAUCAGAUUAUUAAAGCUCACAUUGAGGUGUAGUUUUAUUUUUAAGGUGAAAUGUUUAAGUAUAUAUUUCAUUAAACCAAAGUAGACCGGAAUACAAAAAUUCACAUUUCUACUCAUUUAUUCUUCCACAUUGCCAUUUUGGAUUUUGUAUGUAAAAACUAUUUUUACAAUAUUCUAAUGUAGUAUUUAAACGUCAGACAUUUAUCAAAUUUGAUGCCAUCAUAACACAAGACAUUGAGACUAUAUUUCUCCUUGUUUAUGUUUUCCUUUCAUUGCAGCUUUGAUUUUUUUCAUUACUUAUUUCAUUAUAUUUUAAAAUGUCCCUUACUGACUUACUGUUUUUGUUUAAUGGAGCCUCCUAGCAUUAGCAUCUUACACGUAUACUUGUAUAACCAGUUUGACAAUAAACAUCAAGACAGAGUGUUUGAUGCUCUUUGUUGUCAGCUCUGUUUUAUAGGUGUGGUGUUUUUGCAUGAAGUCUUUACAUAAGGAAGUUUCUUUGCAGACAGACUGACUUUACUUCUUCAGCUCAGCAACAAAACUGAUCUUCUCUCCUUAACCCAACAAUGGCCAGCAAAUAUGCCAAUAAGUCAAUAAACUGUAUUCAUAAUGUUGGUUGUAACUUGUAUCUAAAUAAACAUUUAUAGAUUGAUUGCAUGUCAUAGCAUGAACCAAUCCCAACAGUUUUAAAAAGGAAAGUGCUAAUUGAAAAACUUUUCUGAAAUUCUCAACAUUUUUGUGAUUCACUCUGCAUUAUAUAAAGAGGUGCUUCUGUUGUUUGGCCUACCCUUGCCUAAACAUUAUAACAUUAAUAAAGGAGGAUUUAUUGCAGUACUGCUGUAUUAGACUGUAUUAGUUUGUGGCAGGUGUUCCUAAUAAACAGUCAACUGAGUGUAAUUUCUAUGCCUCUGUUUAAGGCCCUAUAUAAAGUCAACUAGGUAAGGUAAAAACUUCAACUGCCCACUGUCAGAGUUGCCCAUGUUGUAGUUGUAUAAACUGGUUCAAAAAGUUUUGCAAUUUCU